AUGCCACACGCUCAGUCUAACAGCGUGUGUUUCGAGACAGUCCAGAUCGAAGACGCUAAAGAUGAGCCUUUCCAACCGAGCGUACGGCUGAAGCUUGCCUUUAUGGCGCUGAUGGUACUUACCUUCAUGGUCGCGGUAAACUGUGCGGCACUUGCAGUUGCAUUACCUAUAGUCGCAGUGGAGUUGAACGGAACAGCCUUUGAAGCCUUUUGGGCAGGCACGAGUUUUCUAUUGACAGAAGCUAUCUUCAUGGCGCCACUGGGCAGGCUGUCAGACACCAUGGGUCGCGUGCCCGUGCUUAACCUCAGCACAGCACUAUUUCUUGUUGGGACGAUUGUGUCGAGUGUGUCGAACAACUUUGCUACUCUGAUCAUUGGCCGUGCUGUGACGGGGGCCGGAGGCGGAGGUGUGGUUGUGUCUCUGGAAAUAGUGGUUACAGACCUUGUUCCGCUUUCAAUCCGCGGGAAUUACUUCUCGGUCAUUUCAGUGCUUUGGGUGCUUGGCGACGUUAUUGGGCCAAUACUGGGAGGUGUGCUGGCAUCCCGGGCAUCAUGGCGAUGGAUAUUCUGGAUCAACAUUCCCAUUGCUAUUGCUGGGCUGAUUUCGACUAACCUGUUUAUACGAUUACAGAAUAUUCCUGGAACAUUCUACGACAAAGCCAAACGGGUCGACUGGUGUGGCAUGGCCAUCUCCAUCACUGCAGUCACGAGCCUCCUGGUGGGGGUCACCUGGGGAGGUGUCGUACACGCGUGGGAUUCUUUUGCGACUAUAUUGCCCAUUGUUAUGGGAUUUCUCGGAAUUUUCAUGUUUGCUGCCUUCGAGAAGUACAUGGCAUCAGUGCCUAUGAUACGUUUCGAUUUGCUCGGCAGCUACAACAUUCUUUACGCCCUAUUCGCCGCCUUCUUCCAUAGCAUCAUGGCCUUCGGACUUAUCUACGUGCUACCGCUCUACUUUGAGGCCGUCCAACGCUUUUCUCCGAUUCAUGCUGCACUGGCGGUAAUACCUUACGGGAUAACAUUGGCUCCUUUCUCAGCUGUUGCUGGUGUCAUUAUCAGUAAGACGGGACAUAUCAACUGGGUCAUCCGCAUUGGAUAUGCCAUCACUAUCUCGGGAGCUGGCCUCUUGGUUUUGCUGGGCUCGGCGACGAAAAUCUGGAAAUGGGUACUUAUACUGGCCUGGAUAGGUGUCGGAUUGGGCCUACUCUACAAUGCCCUGGUGUUGCUAGCACAGGCGGCGCUCGAAGAACAACAUGCAGCUUUCGCAGUCACCAUACUCAACUUCUUCCGGCAUCUUGGGCAGGCGGUCGGUGUAGCUAUCGUGGGCGUGGUCUUCCAAAACCGGAUGAAAGGCACACUGCUCGAAAAUUCCCAGACGGCACCCUUUGCGGACACGUUCUCAAAGGAUACCGCCGCUCUCAUCCAGGAGCUUUCGGGAAUGGAAGAUGGUGAGUUCAAGGACGGAAUAGUCGGUGCUUAUGCCGCUGCUUUGAAAACGAUAUGGAUGGUCAUGUGUGCCUUCUGCGUACUACCUUUUCUAGGCUCCUUCUUUCUACAGAUGGCAGAUCUCAACAGACGUCAUGAGACUAGCCAAGGUUUGAGAGACAAUAAAGAAAAGAGCGAAAGACAGACAGGGCGUUAG